AUGGAUUUCUACAUUUUUGUUUUAAUGCUACUUCAUGAUGCUGGAGCCGAUCUUUCAAAAAGGGAUGUUCUUGGGAGGACUGCACUCCAUAGAACACUGGGAAACAAGGAUAAUUUUGAGUACUUGUGGGAAAACUGUAAAGAUUUCACACACUCUGUUGAUAAGAAAGGGCAGACGCCAAUACACAGAGCUAUUUCAGAUUUCCAUCUUCAUUGGGAAAUGCAAUAUGUAGUGAGGCUCCUAUUGGAAGCUGGUGCAGAUGCCAAAUCAUGUGAUACAGAAGGAAAGACACCUUUAUGUAUUGCUGUAGAGAAAGGCUCACGUGAUGCAUCACUUUGUGAAACAAAUGUCUGGUGGAUGGUCAAGUAA